AUGUUGGAUUCAAAUGAGAAUCCGAAACGUCAGGCGAUUAAGGACCUUGUUCCAGCGAUCGCUUCUUCUUCUGCUUCGUCACCUUUCCACGGUACCUACCGUUUACCAGCCCGACAGACCUACGCUCCCUCUUGUCCAGACUCAUGGGACCGUCUGAUAGGUCUGUCCCGCUCCUGGCUGCAGAUGUGGUCUGACCGGAAUCAGCUGACGACUCGGAGGCACGUCCAACAGACAGAUCUGGGAUGAAAUUUCGGUAAGAUGUGGUUAUGUAGCCCCACAUCAUGGGCACACUACUGUUGGGGUUGGGCUUAGGGAUUAGGGUUAGGGGUUUGGGCUAGGGGUUAGGGUAACUAUUUCUCAACCACUCAAAGUAAAACUGCGCAUUCCCAAUAGCUUUUCUUUUGCAUUCAGUUACCUGACCUCGUUGCCUGUGCGUUCUCCUGUCCCACCUGUAAAAACCCCUAUUACCACUGUCCCGCAUUAGAAGUGGCUGGGGUUUGUUUACUUCAGGUGGGGCAACAUAACGACAUCUGGCCGAAAUUUCGAUUGCUAAUUAACCUAUAUGCUGAACAUCUCUCAGCCAAAUAGCAGUCAAGUGAAGAACUAUUUUUUGGAGAACUGACUGAGAGCACUCUGAAUCCGUAGAAAGCGGUUAUAUUUGGCUGACGUUGUAAAUUCUUAUCAGGCCGGUAGUUGCCAUUCAAAGUACAGCAGGUGGUGGAUCUCUCGAAAAGCAAUUUUGAAUUUCUUAAACAUGAUGCCGAUUAGAAAGGAUUACUUCGACUUAUUGAGAGAUAGAAAGGUAGGUGAAGUAUUUUUUGAGACAGAGGUUUGGCGUAGCGGAUGAGUAUCGUUCUGAGGAAGUCUACGGACAAAAUGCCCGACAAGAGAACCCUGCCGUAACAUAAAUGUAACGAAUGUCUUCUUGUGAGAAUAUGGCAAGUUAGAGGGUGAGUUAGAGGGGGUAAUGCUUGGACCAAAACAUCUGACUGUGGACUUGGAGAGAUGGAGGGUUGUUGUCAUGGAACACGGUGAGCUGGUUUGAAAAAAGACGAUCAGAAGCUAUUCAGAAUGAAAAGACGGUGUAGACAACGACAAAUACGAAGGUCUGCGUAAGAGGACACACAUCAUCUUUGAAAAUACAACCAAUAAAAUUGUUACAUAACCCGGAGCAUGUUGUAAAUGACCUUCAAGCGGUUAGUAUAUUUUUUCGAUACGCUUUAGGCGUCAACCUAUAUUGGGAUAAAAUUUACUUUGCCAAGGCAGUUUUAUUCAGAUUAGGAUGGACACGGGUCCAACUGCAGGUUCCACUGAAAUCGUCAAAUUGGAAGACCGACGCGUAAUCAAGAAAAUGGGAUCCGCCGAUGGUGACAGCAGGGAUCAUGUGGCUAUGAGACGGUCAUAGCUUUUGACAACGCAUAAUGAUUUUCUUCAAAACAACUGAACCAGAACACGCGUCCCAUGUUUGUUGAAGUCAUCCUCACGCAUUACUUCAACAGGCCUUACUUCGAUGGUUGUAGUGCCAAAAUGCCAGUACGAAAAGGAGAUCUACCAAAAAUAGAGCCGAUUUCUAUAUGUUAAACGCCAUUGUGAAAUUUCUUGCAUAAGUCAUGCCGGCCAACGGUGGUUUAGGGUGUGAUUACUAGUCAGACGAUUGCAGCAGCAGUUAAUAUUCAUGAUUUUAGCGCAGUGGACCAGGUGGAUUGUAAGUUGUAUAAGGAUCUGUGUAAAACAGCGGAGAUCGAGGACGAUGACGGCGGUGAUGAUGAUGAGGAUUAUGAGGAGGAGGAGGAGGAGGAGGAGGAGGAGGAGCAGGAGGAGGAGGAGCAGGAGGAGGAGCAGGAGGUGGAUGCAGGCUGUAACGUCUUCCGCCCUCAGAGCACUAAAAUUUCCGUACCCAUGACCGCUACUACCGACACCGUCGUUGUCAUAGCGUCCUCGUAUUUUCCGCUUUCGCCUGAUGGCUAG